AUGAAGAUGAGAGCCGCCGGUGGCCUGGCGCUCGUGCUGCUGGCCCUCGUGGCCGCGUGGGCGCCGAGCGCAAGUGCCUUUUCGCGGGAGGAGUAUGGUUCGUCGUCGGACUUCUACCAGCUGGUGGAGGACGUCGUGGCCGGACGAGAUUACUACGCCUUCCUCGAAAUCACGCCCGAGCAAGCCAGCGAGCCCGCCGAGCUCAAGAAGGCCUUCCGCGCUCUCACGCGUCGCUGGCACCCGGACAAGAACCCGAGCGCAGAAGCGGCGGAGCGAUUCCGGCAGGUGGUGUUCGCCUACGACAUCCUCUCCAACCCGGCCAAGAAGGAGCACUACGACACCCUCCGCACCAAGGGCAUCCCGUGGCACGAGAAGUACUACGGACGCUACGCUCAUCGCUACGGCGCGCCCGAGCACGACAUCCGAUGGGUCAUCUUCUGGCUCAUCACCACCGUGACUGCGCUGCACUACGCGUAUCGGCGGCACAGGUACCAGCUGAUCCUGUCCAAGGUGAAGCAGACCCCGACCUACCGACAUCGCCAGGCCCAGCUGCGCGCCGCCAGCGCAGCGGCGUCAGCCUCGUCAUCUGCGAAGAAGCGGAAGAAGGCCGCCAAGCAAGAGGCCCAGCCAGUUGCUGUCGAGCCCGAGGAGGAGCCCGAGGUGAAGCUGAUGGGCAUCAGGCCGCCCGGGUGGCGCGACCUGGUCGUGGUGCGACUGGUCAUGCUGCCCUACACGCUCGGGUGGCUCCUGUUCUGCCUCGCGCGGUGGGCCGUCUGGUACAAGCUCCUGGGCCACGCCCCGCCGCCGGUCGACAUGCGCGAGGUGAUGCGCGAGCGGCUCGGGCUCACUCCGGCCGAGUUCGAAGAGUGGGAGCGCGAGAUGAAAGAGAAGCAGGAGAAGGCCGCCAAGUACUCUCGACGCUACUGA